AUGUCUUAUAACGACGACGAGACUCCUGCCGUUUGCGAGGCAUGUUUGGGCUCCAAUCCGUACAUCGAGAUGUCCAGAGAGAAGAAAGGAGCAGAAUGCAAGUUAUGUACGCGCCCGUUCACCGUGUUUCGCUGGUCUGUUAAGAAAGGCGAUCGGUUCAAGAAAACCCUGUGUUGUUUGACAUGUGCCAGGGCAAAGAACUGUUGUCAAUCAUGCAUGUUGGAUCUGACGUUUGGAAUCGAUCUUAGAACAAGAGACCAGCUGCUCAAGCUCACAGAACAGAGCAACGUGUUGGACCUGGGUCCAGCUAACCAAAUGUCUAAAAUCUACGCCGCCACCCAGCUCGAGAAAAAAUUCAAGAGUGGAGGCCAGGAUUCCAUCGAAUCAGUUGAACAGAAGCGCCAGAACGCCUACAAGAUGUUGGACUCGCUAUCGAACGCGGUGAAAAACAAAAAGAUCGCCAAAGAAACAGAGCCUGAGGAUGAAAAAGUGAGUAAAGAAGAGCUGAUCAAGCUGUGCAAACAUUUGCCGUUCAACGGAACGCUUGAUCCUCCGAAAAGUAGCAAGAUCAAGUCGUUUUUCCUGUUUGGGUUUGGCGAGAAGCUAGCUGAGUACCGCGUUCAGAGCUAUUUCGAAGAUUUACUGGGUGACAAGAAAGUUGAUGCUGUUUCAUUAAAUCAUAGAGGACGGUUUGGGUUUGUGGAGUUUUCGUCUCGAACAGUUGCAGAAAGAGCUGCCACGCUACUUGCAGAUGGCCCCAAAACACCAAGGUUGGUUGUGAUCGACACAGAUGCUCUCAGAGUGUGCUGGGCAGGCAAGUCCACCACUCCUUCCUUUUCGAUCAGCGAAGCUGCACAAGUGCGAACUAUUGUGAAACGGCAGAUGAUCAAGUACGCUGGGAAGGAGCAACAGGGACACAAACGCGUGCACGACACGGCCGAGCAACCAGAGCCAAAGAAACAAAAACCCGAGACCAAACCGUCUAAAUACUCCAGUCUUGGCCAAGACUUGGAGAUCUAA